UCCAGAGGGAAGCAAGGUAGCUGACACGAUGGGGCUGAUCUCUGUGGGUGUCGGGCCCUUUCGGAACCGGGUGCGGGCGGUUCGGACCUGGAGCCGAGACCUGUCCACUAUUUCUGCUACUUUUCGCACCGGCUGCGCUCUCCCACCGAAAGCGUCACUGAUCCAGAGGAGAUGUGGAGGAUUGUAUCAACACAGUUUCCCACUCGCUAGGUUACUUAGCUCAAACAAACCACCCAGAGGUUUUGAAAAGUUUUUCCCAAAGAGUGAAGAAAGCACUGGAGUCAACAAAUCAGCUGAAGAUGAAAAUACCAAAGAACCAGAAUCUCUUGUGAGGGAAGAGCAGGACGCAAAAGAUGAUGGCGGCGAAAGACGAGGAGGAGGAAAAAAGAAAGAGUCGCACUGGUGGACACGCCUUCAGGAUGAUUUUCCCUAUGAUGAAAAAACUGUUCGAUACUUUGCCAUCGGUGCUGCCGGCAUGGCCUCAGCCUUUGUGUACUUUUAUUUCCGGGAGACGGGGAUGGAGAUCUCCUGGAAGGACUUUGUGCAUCAUUACUUGAACCGAGGCUUGGUGGAUCACCUGGAGGUUGUCAAUAAACAAUAUGUCAAAGUAAUUCCUGCCCACGGAGUGAACACAUCAGAAGUGAACUAUUUGUGGUUCAACAUUGGCAGUGUUGACUCAUUUGAGCGUAACCUGGAGAUGGCCCAGCAAGAAUCGGGUUUCGACUCACAGAAAAUACCUGUAUACUACAACAGUGAAAGUGACGGGACACUCCUUUUCAGCGUCCUCCCAACCGUACUGCUGGUUGGCGUUCUACUUUUUGCCAUGCGGCAGGGACCACUGGCAGGAGGUCGUGGGGGUAAGGGGCGAGGAAACCCCUUCAGCAUGGGUGAAUCCAAAGCCAAGUUAAUAAAAGACAACAUCAGCGUCCGGUUCAAGGAUGUGGCAGGCUGUGAGGAGGCCAAACUGGAGAUUCUGGAGUUUGUCAACUUCUUGAAGAACCCUCGGCAGUACCAAGACCUCGGAGCCAAGAUCCCAAAGGGUGCCGUGCUGUCAGGCCCACCCGGUACUGGCAAGACACUGCUAGCUAAGGCAACUGCAGGAGAGGCCAACGUCCCCUUCAUCACCGUCAAUGGCUCGGAGUUCCAGGAGAUGUUUGUUGGCGUGGGCGCAGCGAGGAUAAGGGAUACGUUUGCCACAGCUAAAAAAAAUGCCCCCUGCAUCCUAUUCAUUGACGAGAUCGAUGCGGUGGGCAGGAAGAGGGGCAACGGGAACUUUGGCAACCAGAGCGAGCAGGAAAACACCCUCAACCAGUUGCUUGUGGAAAUGGACGGGUUCAACAGUAGCACUAAUGUGGUCGUUUUAGCUGGCACCAAUCGAGCUGAUAUUCUUGAUCCAGCUCUGAUGAGGCCAGGACGCUUUGAUCGACAUAUUUACAUAGGCCCACCAGAUAUUAAAGGCAGGGCGUCCAUCUUUAAGGUGCAUUUACGACCUCUGAAGUUGGACACUAGUAUAGAAGUAGAGGCUUUGGCCAGGAAGCUGGCUGCACUAACUCCAGGUUUUACUGGGGCGGAUAUUGCUAAUGUGUGUAAUGAAGCUGCUCUAAUAGCUGCACGUCACCUCAACCAACAUGUCAAUACUAAGCACUUUGAGCAGGCAGUCGACAGAGUUAUUGGAGGUCUGGAGAAAAAGAGUCAGGUACUGCAGCUCCCAGAGAAGACUACUGUGGCGUACCAUGAGGCUGGACAUGCUGUGGUGGGCUGGUUCCUAGAACACGCAGACCCCUUACUUAAGGUGUCCAUUGUCCCCAGAGGGAAGGGUUUGGGUUAUGCACAGUAUCUGCCUAAGGAACAGUACCUGUUCACUCAGGAGCAGCUGUUUGACAGAAUGUGCAUGAUGCUGGGGGGUCGAGUGGCGGAGCAGGUUUUCUUCAAGCGAAUCACCACGGGGGCGCAGGAUGACCUCAGGAAGGUCACGCAGUCUGCGUAUGCACAGGUUGUACAGUUUGGAAUGAAUGAGGCAGUGGGGCAGGUGUCCUUUGACCUCCCUCAGCAGAGUUUCAUCGUAACUGAGAAGCCCUAUAGUGAAACUACAGCCCAGCUCAUAGACCAGGAGGUCCGCCAGCUUAUAGAUGCUGCCUUCCAGCGAACAUUUAAGCUUGUCACUGACAAGAAAGAAAUGGUGGAGAAGGUGGCAAAACGUCUUCUAGAAAAGGAGAUCCUAGACAAAGCCGACAUGUUGGAGCUGUUGGGAACUCGUCCCUUUCAUGAGAAGUCAUCGUAUGAGGAGUUUGUUGACGGGCUGGGGGAAUAUGAGGAGGACACCUCUCUACCCAAAGGGCUAAGGAACUGGAACAAAAACAAAGGGGAAGAAAAUCAGCCGCAGAAUCGGCAAAACAAAUCAGCCCUUUACCUGUAGGAGGACUCGCCGCCUCAAGGCAAAUAUUCCACUGGAUUCAGGUGAAUAUUUCUGCUUAGUACCAUCUGGUCCAGACUGAAAUCCCAUGUUCACCUCAAGGAUAGCUGCAAAGGGAUGCUUUUGUGUUGCACAGGCCUUAAAUGGCCUAUUGAAUGCAGUUUUCUUCAAUUGUAGUUUUUAUAUUCCAGGGGGUAGUGCAAAAAUAUCCUCAUCAGUUGACAAUAAAGUCUGUAGUCAGGAAAAAAAUUAUCAGGAAAACAGAAAUGAAAUGAGAAAUGCUAUAUAACAUUCAGAAUCAGCUGACAUCAUGUGGCUGCCCGGGGACAUUAGUUACAUCACAGGUAUCAUAUGAGUGAAAUGUUUGUAAGGCUUAUUACCCUGAUCCAGCCUUACAUCUAUUAAUCUAAUAAGAAUGUUUCAGUCUUGGCCACCAAUUCAUUAUAUUGAUGGAUAAAUAUUUAAAAUGUGUUUCCCUUGAGUGGGAAAACCAGCUUUCUUCUCUUGUUCCUAAGAUGUUUCAAAGGUACUGUGACUGUACUUUUGACUGGUUUAAAACUUUUUUUCACUUCGUUGUACAGUCAAGACACUUUCAGGAGGUUGUUUCUCAACUUAAAAACUUUUUUAUCACCAUUAUAGUCUUGCAGAAGACUCCCUCAACCUACUUUUCAAGACUUGCAGUAUGUAGAGCAACAUUUAUAUAGAACGUAAUAUAUAGAACAACUUUCCUAUAAGACCAAACACGUGGCCUUCACCUGGUUCUCAUUCAUUUAUCAGUAAGGCAGCUGAACUUGAAGUGUCUGUUAAUUUGCUUUGUGCACUAUGAUCGCUAUUACAGAUGUCAUUAGAUCAUACAGUAUGUACUGUAGGUUAUUAUUAUUAAUAUCUCCUCCUCAGUGUCCCCUAGUAACAAGAGUCAACAGUGAUGUAGACAUCUAUAACAUUAGGUUGACGGUUACUUAAGAAGUGGGAAAAACUGAGCUGAGUGAGAGUUAAAUAUAAGCUAGCAAAAUGGUAUAUCACACACUUUUUACUCACUCACACCCACUACCUCAUAGUUUCUGUAUUCUAUUUACCUCUCAAAAUCACAUCCUCUGGACAUAUUUAAUUCUAUAUGCUACAAUCCUGUUUUCUCCUUUUUUUUGUGAAUCACGUGAAAUGACAUCCAGGUUGAUGCUUUCUGUGCUUUACUGUAGUUCAUGUGGAUAACACAAAGGGGCUCAGAGUAAAGAGAGGAUUAAUUGGCUUUUCCAUGGAAGGAUCUGGUAACUGUUUCCAUCUCAAUACUUUUAAACCCUCCUACAAUUAUUAUUAACAUGACAGUGAAUUGCUGUUAUUCAAGAAGUCAUAUUUUCACUCAACUGUGGCUUAUUUUGAAUGUUAAGGUAUAAAUGUAGCAUUCUCAUCUUAUGUAUUUGAGAACCAAACCUAGUAGUUCCUGAGCUGAGCUAACAGGUUUAAUAUGAAUAAAAAAAUACGUGAACUAAAUGCCUUGCAGUAUGCAACAUGUGGGCCCUUUUUAAAUUAAAAAAAAAAAAUCAAGUUUUCCAAGAGAUUGUUAAAGGACCCCGACCAGAACGACACUGGACAUGUUUUGUCAU